UGAAAUGACUGCGUUUUAAGAGUCUGUGUCUUCUCUCUCUCCAUCUCCCUGUCUUUGCUUCCUCUUCUCAUCAAUCCUUUCCCUUACCUUUCUCUGCAGCAAUAGAAAUAGCAAUAGAUCUCCUUCUGCCUUUGUUUUCAAACAAAUCUAUUAUUUCUUCAAGUCCCCAAAAAGAAAAUAUAAUUUUCUCCCAUUAAACAAAACACAGAAAACCAAAAAAAAAAAAAGAGCCAGUUUUUAAUGAAGGAAACUGUUUAGGUUUUUGAUAAAAUAAAUCUGUGUCCUUUGUGUGCGUGUGGGUUUUUAUUUUCUUAUAUUAUUAAUUUUGUGCUUUUGAUGUUUUUGUGGUUAUGGCUGGUUUAGAUUUAGGAACUGCAUCUAGAUACGUUCAUCAGCUCCAGAUACCUGACCUCCGCCUCCAGCACCAACCCGAGCCCGACAACUCCAACAAUGAAUUCUCCACCGAUCAUGAAGGCGGCUCGGGCUCACACCACCACCAAGGCUUGGACCUCGUUGCAGCCGCGGCUAACUCCAGCCACCACGGAGACAUCGUGGGGCGCCGUCCACGUGGACGCCCAGCUGGCUCCAAGAACAAACCCAAACCGCCUGUCAUAAUCACACGCGAGAGUGCCAACACGCUCCGCGCUCACAUCCUCGAGGUUGGAAACGGUUGCGACGUCUUCGAUUGCGUGGCCAACUACGCGCGGAGGAGGCAACGGGGGAUUUGCGUGUUGAGUGGGACCGGGACAGUAACUAAUGUCAGCAUACGCCAGCCGGCCGCGGCGGGCGCGAUUACGCUUCAUGGAAGAUUCGAGAUACUUUCGCUUUCUGGAUCUUUCUUGCCUCCACCGGCACCGCCCGGGGCGACUAGUUUGACAAUAUUCUUGGCGGGCGGGCAAGGGCAGGUGGUGGGAGGGAGUGUGGUAGGGGAGCUGACGGCAGCUGGGCCGGUGAUUGUGAUUGCAGCGUCGUUCACGAAUGUGGCGUACGAGAGGUUGCCGUUGGAGGAGGAGGAGCAGCAGCAAUUGGGGAUGCAGAGCGGUGGAGGAAGUGGUGGGAGUGGAGGAGGAGUGGGGAAUAGUGGUGGGUUUGGGGAUGGGAGUGGAGUAGUAGGAGGGCUGCCGUUCUUUAAUUUGCCGUUGAAUCCGGGGGUUCAGAUGCCAGUGGAUGGAUGGGGAGGAGGGAACCCAGGUGGUCGGAGUCCAUUUUGAGUAGUUAUGCAUUUGGAAGCUGUAACAGGUGAGCCAAAACAUGAAUGAUGGAUUAAUUAAGCUUUAUAUUAUUUGUACUGACUCUAGUAUAUUAGAUCCUCUUCUAUGGUUGAUGUUUGAUUUAGUGCUUGUUUUUCUCCCUUUAUUUUUAAUUGUGGAACUAUCUUCUUCUUCUUCUUCUUCUUCUUCUUCUUAAUUUAUAAGAACUCGAUGGUUUGAGAGACCAUAAAUAAAUAUUGAUGAUGAUGCUGCUGAUUA